CACGUGCUGCGGGCAGAGGCAGCUGAGGAAGACGCGCCCGCCGUAAGCAGCGGCAGCGGCGCCCCGCAACCACCGCGCAGUAGAACCGGGGUAGCUGCCCCGCCGCCGCCGCUUCGCCAAGCCGGGAGACUCCAGGUUGCGCGCGGGGAGCCCCGGAACUGCGCCGCCCUCCUCCGAGCACAGGCGCCCGCUGCGCAGGGGAGGAGGAGGAGGAGGAGGAGGAAGCGGCGCCCGCAUGGCAGCAGAGCUCCCCGCCCGGGGAGGGGGCGUCGGCGGCGGAGUAGCAGCGCGGGACUAGAAGGGACCUUUGGGGAGCGGGCCCGGAGGCCGCCACCGCGAUGCCUGCGCCCGCCACGCGCGCCCUGCCCGGCUGCUGCUGCUGCGCCUGAGCUGCUGCGCCUCUCCUCCGGCGAUGGAGCUGCGCGUGCUGUGCGGGGUCCUCUACUGGCUGCUCUUGCCGCUCUCGCUCCUGGCCGCCUGCCUGUUCCGGUUCAACGGCCUCUCACUAGUGUAUCUUCUCUUCCUCCUCCUCUUGCCGUGGUUCCUGGGGCCCACUGAAUACACCAUCCGAGGUCAUACAGGACACCUCCUCCGAGCCCUCUUGGCAACCAGCAUCCUUUUCCUCCUAGCCCAGUUGGUCUUCCAAAUAUGCCUGCACACUGUGCCUCGCUUGGACCUGCUGUUGGGGCAAAAUUGCAGUACAUGGGAGACGCUGGCCCAGCACAUUGGGGUCAUGAGGCUAGACUUGAACGACAUCCCCAACACUGUGCGCUUGGUCGCCCCGGACCUCGGGAUCCUGCUGGUCUCGGCCAUCUGCCUCGGCGUUUGCAGCCGCCUGAAGCCCGCAAAGCAGCCGACAGACUGGAGCCCGCCAGAAGCCUCCCCACCCCACACACUGGAAGAAGCUGCUGUGGAUGACGAUCCGUCAAGGCCGCCAAGAGAUGUCGAUGCGGCGGCUGAGGCCUCCCCCAGACGACGGGCGCGGCUGGCUGCCCGGCUCCAGGAGAAGGUGCACUGGCUCCUGAUGGCAGCUGGCAAAGUCCUGGCCAUCGUACUGCUGGCGCUGGCAGGGAUCACCUUGCCAUCCGUCUUUUCCAGUGCCUACUACCUGCUCUUCGUCGGCCUCUGCACCUGGUGGGCCUGCCACUUCCCCAUCGGCCGCCUGGCCUUCAACACCCUCUGCAUUAUGGUGGAUGUCUUUGCUGGGGGCCACCUCAUUUGCCUGUAUGGCUACCAGACUCGCUAUAUGCAGGAACUUUUACCUCCUGCUGACCUCUGGGCACGGUUGUUUGGCUUGAAGGCCAUCAUCCAGCACCAGGGCUGUAGCAACGCGCUGCUCCUGAACGUCCACCUCCCGUGGCCCGUCUACGUCAACCCGGGGAUCCUACUCCUGCUGUACUACGUCUUGGCAACGCUGGUGAAGCUCCACCGGACCCGCCUCUCUGCCCAGAGAGUUCUGGAAGAGACCACGUCCGAGUGCCUGGAGCUGGAGAACUGGCCUUCAUCCCGAGGUAGCCUGGCCGAAGAUGCCAAGCCAAUGUUGAUCUCGGAGAUGGAGCCUUCUGCUGCCGAUGCAGAGAACUGUACCGUGCAUGAGAUCGGAGAGGCAGACCCACCCGCUGGCAGGAGACGGGAACGCCGGAAGGAGAAAAGGCUGCUGCAGUCACUGGGCCAUGUUAUCAUGAGCCAGAGUUACGUGUGUGCCCUCAUUGCCAUGAUGGUGUGGAGCAUCACCUACCACAGCUGGCUGACCUUUGUGCUGCUGCUCUGGGCCUGCUUGAUCUGGAUCGUGCGGAGCCGGCACCACUUCGCCAUGCUCUGCUCGCCCUUCCUCCUCCUCUACGGCAUUGCCCUCUGCAGCCUGCAGUACGUCUGGGGCAUGGACCUGGAGGCCGAGCUGCCCGUCAAGGUCGGCUUCAUGGACCUGAAGCAGCUGGGGUUGGAGCGACCUCCGUACCCCUGCCUGAACCUGGGAGCCAAGCUUCUUUACACCCUGACGUUCUGGCUCCUGGUCCGACAGUUUGUGAAGGAGAAGGUGCUGAAGAAGAAGCCCCCGCCAGCCCCCUUGGUGGAGGUGACCGUUGCAGACUCCGACGCAGGGCCAGGCCACAAGCGUGAUGUGCUGAAAGUCUUGGGGGCGUACGUGUCGCGUUUCUACGCCAAGUUCUGGAUCUUGGUCUGUGCCGGCAUGUUCAUCGUGGUCAGCUUUGCUGGGCGCCUGGUCGUCUACAAGAUUGUGUACAUGUUCCUCUUCCUGCUGUGCCUCACCCUUUUCCAGGUGUACUAUAGCCUCUGGCGGAAACUCUUGAAGGUCUUCUGGUGGCUGGUGGUGGCCUACACCAUGCUGAUCCUCAUCGCCGUCUACACCUUCCAGUUCGAGGACUUCCCUGGAUACUGGCGGAACUUCACAAGACUCACCGACCAGCAACUCGGCGACUUGGGCCUGGAGCAGUUCACGGUCUCGGAGCUCUUCACCAGCAUCCUCGUCCCCGGCUUCUUCUUGCUGGCCUGUAUCCUGCAGCUGCACUACUUCCACCGCCCUUUCAUGCACAUCACCGACCUGGAGUAUGCGACGGCACGGGGUCAGCAGCCCCCGAGUGCACUGGGCAGUGAAGAACUUAGUGGGAGUCAAGUGCUGCUACAGUCCGAAGAAGGGGAGACUGAAGGCCACGGGUCUGGAGAGGAAGCUGACGCUGCGUCAGAAGAGGGUAUGCCCAGCAAAUGGGGCCUGGUGCUGGAACGCCUGGUGGUGCUGGGCGGGAAGUUCUCCAGCAUUCUGGACCGCAUCCAGUUCUUCGUGCUGCGCCUGCUGGAACUGCAUGUCCUGAAGCUGGUGGCUCUCUACAUCGCCUGGGUGGCCCUGAAGGAGGUGUCAGUGAUGAACUUCCUGCUGGUGGUGCUGUGGGCUUUCGCCCUGCCCUACAGCCGGUUCCGCCACAUGGCCUCGUGUCUCUCCACUAUUUGGGUCUGCGUGAUCAUUGUCUGCAAAAUGCUCUACCAGUUGACGAUUGUCAACCCACAGGAUUAUGCCACCAACUGCACUGAGCCUCAACCCAACGCCACUAACCUCCAGCCGGAGGAGAUCGGCAACUCGACACUCUACAAGGACCCCAUAGACCCUGCCAACUGGUUUGGAAUCCGCAAGGAAUCCCCCAACCUGGGUUACAUCCAAAACCACCUGCAAGUGCUCGUCCUGCUGGUCUUUGAGGCUUUUGUGUACCGGCGGCAGGAAUACUUCCGCAAGCAGCACCAGCUGGUGGCCGCCGCCACCCAGACGGUCUUUGAAGACACCACUCGCCAUGACCUGGACAAGGGCUUACUGCACUGCCUCAAGUACUUCACCAACUACUUCUAUUACAAAUUCGGCCUGGAGAUCUGCUUCCUGAUGACGGUGAACGUGAUUGGCCAGCGCAUGAACUUCAUGGUGAUCUUCCACGGCUGCUGGCUGGUCGUCAUCCUGACGCGGAGGCGGCGCCAAGCCAUCGCCAAGCUCUGGUCCAAAUACUGCCUCUUCCUGGCCCUCUUCCUCCUCUUCCAGUACCUGCUGUGUGUGGGGAUGCCUCCGGCCCUCUGCAAGGACUACCCUUGGAGGUGGAGCAAAACCAUCCCCAUUAACUCCGUCCUCAUCAAGUGGAUGUACUUCCCGGACUUCUUCAUGAAACCCAACUCCAUCAACCUCAUGAGCGACUUCCUGCUCCUCCUGUGUGCCUCACAGCAGUGGAAAGUUUUUGCAGACGAGCAGACUGAGGAGUGGGUGAGCUUGGCAGGGGACAACAACGAGCACUUUGCGUCACAGCUGGAGAAGCCGAACCCUGUACCCAACUUCAUCAAUUGCAGGUGCUACCUGGACAUGCUGAAGGUGUGCGUCUUCCGCUACCUCUUCUGGUUUGUGCUGGUCAUCGUCUUUGUCACGGGCGCCAACCGCAUCAGCGUCUUCGGCCUGGGCUACCUCAUGGCCUGCUUCUACCUGCUCCUCUUUGGCACCGCCCUGCUGCGGCGACCCCUCCGGUCCCGCCUGAUGCUCUGGGACUGCCUCAUUCUCUACAACGUGACGGUCGUCAUCGUCAAGAACAUGCUCUCGCUCCUUUCCUGCGUCUUCGUCCAGCAAAUGCAGAGCGGCUUCUGCUGGGUGAUCCAACUCUUCAGCCUGGUCUGCACCGUCAAGGGAUACUAUGACCCCAAGGAUGUGGACAAGGACCAGGACUGUGCGCUGCCCGUGGAGGAAGCUGGCAUCAUCUGGGAUAGCAUCUGCUUCUUCUUCCUGCUCCUCCAGCGAAGAGUCUUCCUCAGCUACUACUUCCUGCAUGUCAUGGCCGACCUCCAGGCCUCAGCCCUGCAAGCCUCCAGGGGCUUUGCUCUUUUCAAGGCCAGGACCCUGAAGCGAAUGAGCUCCCACCGCCAGACCGAGAAGAAGUCUUUGGUCCAGCUGAAGCGGCAGAUGGAGCGGAUCCGUGCCAAGCAGGAGAAGUACCACUCAGGGCAGCUGGCCAUGGACUCCGAAGAGGAGCCAGAGGCAGGCGCCAGGAAGGACCCCUCCCACCAGAGGAAGCGCUGGUGGCGCCCCUGGCUGGACCAUGCAGCAGGACCGCGUUCAGUUGAGGGCAGCCCAGAGGAAGUAGCUGCUUCUAGGGAGGACAGAGGCUCUGUGGGGCGGACAGGGCACUACCGUGUGCUGCAUUCUGGAGAUUAUUUCUUGUUUGAGACGGACAGCGAGGAGGAUGAGGAGUCUGUCGCGGAGGAGCAGAAGCCCCCGAAGCAGAGCGCCUUCCAGCUGGCCUACCAGGCGUGGGUGACCAACACCAAGUCCGCGCUGCACGAGCGAGAGCGGCAGGAGAAGGAACAGCAGGAGGCGGCAGAAGGUGGCAUAGCCAAAGCGGAAACGAAGGAUGGCUCCAGUGCCGAAGAGGAAGAGGAAGAAGCAAUUCCAGAGAAGAGCAACGUGGUGCAGAGGGUGCUGAACGUGCUCCGCUUCCUGUGGGUCCUCUGCCAGGCCGCGGUGGACGGGCUGACCCAGUGGCUGCGGGCCUUCACCACGGAGCACGAGCAGCUGUCCACGGUGUUGCAGCUGGAGAGAUACGUCCUCACACAACAGCUGGAUCAGGCCGAGGAGGUCCAGAGGGGCGUCCUGGACACCUUGUACCAACCGGCAGCAGCAGGUGACCAGACCUCGGAGGAUACCGCUUUUCCGGGUACGGCGGCAGAGUCUCCAAACAGCAUGGCUUCCAGUGGGUGCGAAGGGGCCGAGGUUCUCAGCACUGACACCACCGGCUACGACACCCGCAGCACCAGCGAGGAGCAGAUCCCUGCGAUGGGCUCCCAGGACGACGUGGGCCUCCUCCCCAGCACCUCUCAAGAAGCCCUGGCCUGCCUCAAGAUGCGGCCGCGGACCGCCAGCGAGUUGCUGCUGAACAGGCGGGUCUCCUACGAGGAGCUGGAGGAGUCUGAGCGCUUCUACCGCUCCCAGAACCGGUUCCUGCAGCUCUUGCUCGCGUGUUUCCAUUUCGUGGCUGGGCACUCGGACCUGAUGUGCUACUUCAUCAUCGUCCUCAACAACAUGGUGACGGCCUCGGUCAUCUCCCUCGUCCUGCCCAUCCUGGUCUUCCUGUGGGCCAUGCUGUCCAUCCCCCGGCCCAGCAAGCGCUUCUGGAUGACGGCCAUCGUCUACACCGAGGCGAUGGUGGUGGUGAAGUAUCUCUUCCAGUUUGGCUUCUUCCCCUGGAACAACUAUACCACCAUGGUGCGCUACGAGGCAAAGCCCUUCUUCGCCCCACGCAUCCUGGGCUUGGAGAAGGCGGACAACUACAUCAAAUACGACCUGAUCCAGCUGCUGGCUCUCUUCUUCCACCGCUCUCUGCUGCUGAGCUAUGGGUUGUGGGAUCAUGAUGAAGAUGUCCUGGCCAAACGUCUUCCUGAAACAACAGAACCGGCAGCCCCAGCAGAGAGCGUAGAGGAGGCCGGGUCCUUGGCACGCACUGACGCUGAAGCAGAAACCACGUUGGGCCAGGAGUCAGAGCCAGAGCCGCAGAAGGGGAUCCGUGCGCGGUUCAGAAAGAAAAAGGCAAAGAGGAAGCAGACUGAGGAGCAGAAAGCGCUGGUGGUGGAAGAGGAGAGGCUGCCGGCCCUGGAGGAGCAGGGAGAGCAGCAGGGAGAGGAGGAGAAGGAGAAGGAGAAGGAGAAGACGACAAGCCCAGCCCAGAGGAAGCUGAAGGCUGCUGGACGCAAAGCGAAAAACUUUUUCGUCUCUACGACUCAGCGCGUGUCCCAGCCGGUGCGUCAGUUCUUCUGGGAUAUCCUGCACAGCGAGUACCGUGCCACCACGGAUGUCUAUGCCCUCAUGUUCCUCGCGGAUGUGGUCGAUUUUAUCAUCAUCAUCUUUGGUUUCUGGGCUUUCGGGAAACACUCAGCCGCAGCCGACAUCACAUCGUCCCUCUCAGAUGACCAGGUGCCAGAGGCCUUCCUGGUGAUGCUACUCAUCCAGUUCUCCACCAUGGUCAUCGACCGGGCACUCUACCUACGCAAGAGCGUCUUGGGGAAGCUGCUCUUCCAAAUCAUCUUGGUGUUCGGCAUCCACCUCUGGAUGUUCUUCAUCCUGCCUGCAGUAACCGAGAGGAUGUUCAACAUGAAUACGGUGGCCCAGCUGUGGUACUUCGUGAAAUGCAUCUAUUUUGCCCUGUCGGCCUACCAGAUCCGCUGUGGCUACCCAACCCGCAUCCUGGGGAACUUCCUCACCAAGAAAUACAACCACCUCAACCUCUUCCUCUUCCAAGGGUUCCGCCUGGUGCCUUUUCUGGUGGAGCUGCGGGCGGUGAUGGACUGGGUCUGGACGGACACCACCCUGUCCCUCUCCAACUGGAUGUGUGUGGAAGACAUCUAUGCCAACAUCUUCAUCAUCAAGUGCAGUCGGGAGACGGAGAAGAAAUACCCACAACCCAAAGGGCAGAAAAAGAAGAAGAUUGUGAAGUACGGCAUGGGAGGCCUCAUCAUCGUCUUCCUCAUCUGCAUCAUCUGGUUCCCGCUGCUCUUCAUGUCUCUGGUGCGCUCCGUGGUGGGCGUGGUCAACCACCCCAUUGACGUCACCGUCACCCUCAAGUUGGGGGGCUACGAGCCUCUCUUCACCAUGAGCGCCCAACAGCAGUCGAUUCAGCCCUUCACCCCCCAGAAGUAUGAAGAACUGACGAAGACGUUUGAGCGGAAUGCAGUGGCCAUGCAGUUCAUCACUCUGUACAGCUACGAGGACAUCGUGACAGCUCGCAUUGAGGGCAGUUCGGGCUCUCUGUGGAGCAUCAGCCCCCCCAGCCGCGAUCAGCUGCGGGACGAACUCCAGAACGGCUCUUCCGCCAUCACGCUCCGCUUUACGUGGGUCUUCCAGAGGGACCUCGGCAAGGGAGGCACUGUGGAGUCCACCUCCGAGAAGCACACGAUCGACCUGGAGCACGGAAGCCAAGUGCGCGCCCAGCUGGCCGGGCUGCUUAAAGGCACCCACCGUGGCCCUGUGAAAGUCCCCCACCUCUUCCCUCCCUACAUCCGUGCACCGAACGGUCCAGAGGCCAACCCUGUGAAGCAGAUGUUGCCAGAUGAAGACAGCUACUGGGACGUGGACGUGCAGCUGAACAAGGCUCCUGGGAACAGCAGCAGCGCCCCGGAGUGGUGGGUGAUCCAGCGGCAUGGCUGUACAGAUUGCAAGAUCCUGCCCAUGGUCAUCUUCAACGACAAGGUCAGCCCUCCCAGCCUGGGCUUCCUGGCUGGAUACGGGAUCAUGGGGCUGUAUGUCUCCAUCGUGCUGGUGAUCGGCAAAUUCGUGCGCGGCUUCUUCAGUGAGAUCUCGCACUCCAUCAUGUUCGAGGAGCUGCCCUGCGUGGACCGCAUCCUCAAGCUGUGCCACGACAUCUUCCUGGUGCGCGAGACGGGCGAGCUGGAGCUGGAAGAGGAGCUCUACGCCAAGCUCAUCUUCCUGUACCGCUCGCCCGAGACCAUGAUCAAGUGGACCCGCGAGAAGGAAUGAGGCGGGGCCGGGACGCAGCCCUUUCCACCCACAAGGAGGGCGUGAAGCCGCCUUCGCCAGGCAAGAGGGCUGGGGACCCCAAGGAGGCACCGGGUGGAACCAGAAACUGCCUCUCUCCUCCACCCCCUUUGCCGAAGGCUUUCUGGGUGGGGCAGCCCCCUUACUUCUGAGCCAUAUCUGCUGCCCACUGCCUUGGGCAAGGCGGGGGGGGGCAGGGAAUACUGUCCCUUUUGGAAAUGGAGGUUUCUUUUUUAAACAUGGCGGGCAGCCGCCUCUGUGCCUUGCCCUCUGAACCUGCCGUUGCUGCUCCCCUCUGGAUAGAUCUGCAGCAAAACAAGAGGGGGAGGAAAGAGGCCUUUGCAGUGGACCUGGGGGGUGCCCUCUGCUGCGGAGAACCCAGCGUCUGUGCACAGCAAUAACCUGCUUCCACCCCACUGAUUGGGGGGCCCAGGGCUUCCCCACUCCCUUUGGCCUCACGGUGCCCCCAAACACUCCCUGCCAAUCUGGAACCCCACCACCCCCCAGUCUAGGCCCUGCUCUAUGCCAGCCCCAGCUGCUGAGAAGAAGAGGCGGCUGGACUCCGUUUUUCUAAAGAUGUGGUUUUAUUUAUACAGAUCUAUAUAAUAAAAAACUGAAAAUGAA